AUGCAGACUGAUAAGAAGCAAGCGCACGAACGGGUAUCGCUGAUCUCUGUGAAGGGAGGCAAGGAGGGCGAGCUAGAGAUUGCGCAGUACCCCACGAAGCUCACCUGCUCCUUCGGCGUCUCGCUGACAUCCGAGAAGUCCAACGAGGCCCUUCACGUGCUCUACCGCCUGCGUGUGAAGGAGUCCUCCAUUCUCUUCUCCAGGACCUACGGGCUGUUAGGCCACGAUAGCGCCGGUCACCCGCACCCCUCCCUCAACGAUGCCAUCACACUCUACGCCCAGCCGGCCGUGAGGACGAUGGGCAAGCUGUCCACCAUCCGCGUAGAGUACGUCACAAUUGACGAAGCGGAGGCCAACGGCUUAAUCGAGCGCGGGGAGGUAGAGAAGGAAUUCUGCCGACCCUUCUUCACGAAAGGGGACACGAAGCAUUACGAGGUGAAGUGCACCUUCUACGACGCCAUCGCCGCCUCUGCAGAGAAGAAAGAAGGUCGUGAUGGCGGCAAGAACAGCCACGCAAGAUCGCGGGCGGCGACGUUGACUGCUGCGGUGGCCGUAGUGGCAGUUGUAGCUGCAGGCGUCGUAGUAGCCAGGCGGCGUGGCGUGACGUGGGACACGAUGCGCCACCUCCUCCCUCAUCGUUUCAAUCGACGGUAA